UGAUUAGCAUCGUUCUCGCUGCUUUCUGAUGUCUACUUCUCAAGCGACGGUUUCGAUUUUUUGCAAAUCCUGGAGAGGGACCAGGACAACCUACCUUGAGGCAAAAACAACGUCCGACUACUUUAUGUUGAAGAAAUAGAUCCUAAUGUAGUCAUAAAGUAACUCUAACUUGUUCACCCUCGUCACAACGACAUGUUCUUCGCCGGCCGCUUCCUCCCGCUGUUUUUAACGCUCGUCUUGUUCUCGCCCGGCGAACAUGUAAUAUUUUCGUCGGCGUUGUACCUGCGCCGGGAGAAAAAGACGGAGGAACAGGAGCAGGUGCCAAAAAUUUCCAGUGAUACGAUCGAGCGCGACAUGAAUCGCCGGGCCUACAUGCACGAGCCGGUGCGAAAUAUGGAGAACCUGAAGCCCUCCUCAUCCGCGUCGGAGCAACGACGCCGACUGAAGUACUUGGCACACGAGUACGGCGCCGGGGAGCAAGAGCACUACCACAAGUUUCUUGGUAAGUACUUAAAAAUUAUAGUUGGCUUUACUUUAUUGAGGAUUUGAGUUGUGCCUCAAAAUCGUUUUGAUUUGCACUUUUAAUCGAUGCUCAUUUCUCAACAUCGUUUUCAUUACAAAAAAACAAUUAGAAUUAUCCCAAUCACCACUCUACAAAACAGAGGAAGUCAACGAGUCUCUGAACGGCCUCUCCACGGCGGAUGACGCGGAGCACCAACUUCUUUCUGCCGCGAAGGAGUGGAACGACAAAAAGAAGCAGGUGGACCAGAAGUACCGGGCAACGAACCAGAUUUCCGCGAUGAAGCAGCUGUUUCAUUCCAUUGCGGCUUUUGUGAGUCGCGACAUCGUGGACCGGUGGACGUCGACGGAACCCCAGGAGCGUGCCAGGCAGCUCGCGCACGCAGCGGAGAACGCACAACCAAAGGUGGAUAGCACCGAGCAAGUCCAGCUGGAUCAGAAAAACAUGGAGAACACGUCGCCUGCCGGGACAAGAGAAAAGCUCGGGGAAGGUGGCGAGGGGAUUGUGGACAAGAAGAAAAACACCGCUGAUAGUACUUCGGCAGAGGUGGCGAAAGGUGUAGACAAGGGGUCGCUGUUGAACAAGGUGGUGGAAGAAGCAGCUGCGGGUAAGGAGGAGAAAGGCGACGAAGCUGCAGGAGCUUCGUCAUCUGCGGACGAAGAUGCUGAGAAGAAGGAAGAGAAGAACGAAGAAACCGAAACCUCCAAAGAGAAAGACCGUGCGGAACAAGCGGCAGCCGCUGCGCUGGAGAUACCGUUGUGAUAUGCAGGGUCGGGUUUCCGUUUCGUAGAAGCUUAGAGAAAUGCUUGUGCCUCACAUAUCUUUUUAACCUUUCAGAUGAUUUUUAUUUGCUUGUAAUCUUUCUAAUGUAUCCAGGCGUUCCCGUUCUUGAUGCGAUCACUUGUUCACGCUCGGUUUUCGCUGUGUAUGUACAGUAAAGAGUAAGAACCCGCCUUCCCUAUUGUAUCCCUCCAUUCAUUCUUUUACUAGAGGUAGAGUAGUCUUUGAAGCCUGUAGUUCGAUACCACCCUGUACAAAGACAAAUUUGUAUAAAUUUCUUUCAAUAUGAUGAUGAACAAGAACAAGAAGUCAGUCUUUUGCACUUGCUUGAAGAUGCUGCAUGUACAGCAUUCCGCGCGGAAGACCGAGUACCCAUUCGAUAUUCAUACAUAGAUGCUUCUUUUUGUAAAACCUCG